AGGCUGCUGAUCAUCGAGCGAUAUUGACUCUAUUGAGAGUACUGACAUCCAAGUAGGCGUCGAGUGUCAUACCCGCAGCAGUGCAAAUCCAGCGCUGCGAACGCUGGUGUAACGACCGCACGCCGCCCAGCAGCGAUAUAUAGAGGCAAGCACUGCUGCAGCCUGCAGCGAGACAGAGGCAUAUAAAACACCGCUGCAGCUUUGCGCAGCGCACGACGAACCAGCGACCAUGGUCAAGAAAAAGGCCAAGUCCCACCGCCAGACCUUAAAACAAAAGUACAAGGUCCAGAAGCGCGUGAAAGAGCACGACCGCAAGCUCAAGAAGGCGCAAAAGCGCGGCGGCCUGCCGCCCGGCAAGAAGAAGCGCGACCCGGGAAUUCCCAACUCCUGGCCCAUCAAGCAGGAGCUGCUCGAACAGGUCGAGCGUGCGAAAGCAAAGAAGGAACAGGACCGGGAAGACGCGAAGCAAGCCAAAAAGGAACGGAGGAAGCUCGCCAAGCAGGGCUUAUCGAUGGAGCAGCUCGCGGCGUCGGCGAAGGAGCGAGGGGCGGCUUUUGAUGAUACGUCUGAUGCGCCUGUGCGCCAGCAGGAGGACGCGCUGGACGAAGCGGCCAAGCGGAGCGCUCGAGCUUAUGCGAGAGAGCUGGCGAAAGUCGUGGAAGCCUCUGAUGUGGUAUUGGAAGUCCUCGACGCGCGGGACCCGGCCGGCAGUCGAUCUUCUAGAGUCGAGUCCGCGGUACGGCGCGCCCCGGGCAAACGUUUAGUAUUAGUGCUGAACAAGGUCGACUUGGUACCUAGAGAAAUUGCGACGCGGUGGCUCGACGUUUUACGCAGUACUGGUCUCGCAGUGGUCGCCUUCAAGGCCUCGACGAAGGGCGGCGUCGCGCAAUCAGCGUUAGAUUCGGCGAAGGACGCCGCCGUCGUCGAUGAAGGCGCCAUGGGCCGGUCGACCGCGUUGGGUGUGGACGGCCUAUUGCAACUCCUCAAGAACUACUCGCGGGACGGUGGUGGGUCGGCGCGACCCGGUGCCUUAGUUGUCGGUGUUGUGGGCUUCCCCAACGCCGGCAAGUCGUCGGUAAUUCGCUCGUUGACGAAUAGUCGAAGGGGCGCCGACCACGGGAGCAAGGACUCGGCUGCCACUGUCAGUGCCACUCCUGGAUUCACUAAGGCUUUGAGAGAAGUCAGGUUGGAUGCCAAACUCACGCUCAUCGACUCGCCGGGCGUCGUUGGUGUGACUUCUUCGGGAGACACGCGAUCAGCACAACUCGCUUCUUUAUUAGUGAGGGGCUGCGUCGACCCUGCGGAGCUGGGCGACGACGCCGUAGAUGCGGCGGCGUCCCUGAUCAAACGGGCGGACCCGGCGGCCCUGGCGAUGAAGUACGAGCUGCCUCUGUCGGAGGACCCGAACAAGUUCCUCGCCGCCGUGGCCCGCAAGCGCGGCCGCCUUAAACGAGGCGGCGUCGCCGACGUGACCAAAGCUUCGAUUGAUGUGCUGCGGGACUUCGCGAAGGGCGAGGUCAAGUUCUUCGUCCGGCCUCCCGCGAAAGAAGCGUCUGUCAACAACGCGGAGAUCGUGUCGCAACUCUCGGAGGCGUUCGACCCGACGAAGAUGGACGCGGCCGUCUUACAGGGCAACGACGACAUGGACAUGGACGCCGUGGCGCUCGACGAGGGACCGGUGGAGAUGGACGCGGACGAGGCGCCUCAACUAGUCGACCCGUCCGUCGGCGCGGCGCGGGACUACGACUUCGCGACUGACUUUCAGUACUAAGUGGUG